AACACACAAACACACAGGCUGGUGGGAAUAACAUCCACCAUGUUACUGUAUACUGUACCGCUGUUUUCAUUCCUAUUCUUCAUCUCUGUCCACAAAGUGUAUUUGCAGGAGGAAGAAUAUGACUAUAAUUAUGAGUAUGAGCCCCUGAAUUGCUCCACUACAGAGACCAUAAGAGGUGGAAGUGUCACAUACUCACAGGAAGGAUUGGAGGGCAGUGUGCUGACAUAUCAUUGUGGCCCAGGACGGUACCCUUUCCCUGUCAGACACAGGCAGUGUGGCGCUGACGGGGAAUGGUCACCCAUGAGAUCAGCUACUGGCAGACCAUCAACACAGGCCUCCUGUAAAGAGAUUUUGUGUCCGGCCCAGCUCCAGUUAGACCAUGGAAACUUCUGGCCCAGGGACCAGUGGUUUCGUCCAGGGACAGUUCAGAGCUUCUCCUGCAAGGAGGGGUUCCCCCUGUAUGGGUCAGCUCAAAGAAACUGCACCCUGUCUGGGGAUUGGACUGGAAACGUGCCCAUCUGUGACAACCAUGCGGAUGACUGCACAGACCCGGGGAUUCCUCCUGGCGCCCUGCGGUCCGGGCGAAACUUCAGGACCGGAGAGAAGGUGGACUACCAGUGUCAGUCUGGUCUGACUCUGCUUGGCUCUGCUGAGCGGUUCUGCUUGGACGUUAGCAAGUGGAGCGGUUCAGAGCCGCGAUGUCAGGCCCCAUACAUCUUCGACUCCCCCACCAAUGUGGCGGCGGCAAUGGCAGGGUCACUGUCCGGGCUCAUGGAUGUGAUGUCGCCGCAGUACAAAAAGCAAGUGUCUUUUGGGCGAACCGUGCGCAUUACUCAAGGCAGUCGUAUGAACAUCUUUAUCUUAUUGGACACAUCAGGAAGUAUCUCCCUGGAGGACUUUGAGAAGUCCAGAGAAGCCACUAUUGCCCUUAUUGGGAAGCUGGACAGCUACGAGGUGCAGAUUCAGUUCCACGUGACUUCAUUCGCCAGCCAGGCAAAAGACAUUGUGAACAUCACCGAUACCUUCAUGAGCAGCAAAGCUGAGAAGGUCAUAAGUCAGCUAAAGAAAUUUGACCACAAAAGCCAUGGGAGCAAGACGGGCACUAACCUCUACGCAGCGCUAUACCGUGUCGCUGAAAUGAUAGCCUUGUUAAAACAAAACCGCAAAGAGAGCCACUUUGAGGAGACACAGAACAUUAUCAUCGUAGAAACAGAUGGUUAUUCAAACACAGGCACCAAUCCCCUAAAUGCCCUGUUUAAAAUCCGGGCCCUACUGGGCUACAACCCCAGAGCCAAGGAACACACAAAUGAGACCCUGCUGGACAUCUAUGUAUUUGGUGUUGGGGAAAAAGUCAACACAGUUGAGUUGAAUGGCAUUUCCUCAAACAAGAGCGGCGAGAAGCAUCUCUUCAUCCUGAGGGACUACAAUACCCUGGGGGAGGUCUUCAACAGCAUGAUCAGUGAUGAGAGUUUGGUAAGGUGCGGGGUGGCCCAGGAAUACGUUUCUAGUGACCACGAGCCAACCAAACCAGUGUACACCAGACCCUGGCAUGUCACUCUAACAAUGUCUGAGGGAUCAACUGUGAGGACGUGCUUAGGAUCCAUCGUGAGCCAGAACUGGGUACUGACCGCUGCUCACUGUUUUGCCAGAGCAAGCAACGAGAAAGUGAGGCAACCGGUGGAGGUCCAACACGGGGAGGGGACAGUGUUUGCCAAGCGUGUGAUCAUGCACCCCGAAUACGACACCAGCAGGCUCAAACACAGAAACGUGUCUGAGUUUUAUGACUAUGACAUAGCUUUGGUGGAGGUGGACAAAAGUAUACCUCUCUCCUGGAAAGCUAGACCUAUCUGUCUGCCUUGCACUGAACCAGCCAGCCGGGCCAUGAGAAUUUUCAACUCCACCUGUGAAGAGCACAGAAAGGAACUCCUACCACACAGGCAGACUCCUGCUUUCUUCAUCCAUAAGACAGACUCCAAACGCAAGGAAACACGUGUUCAAACAGAGAGUAAUAGGGUGCAGUGUGUGGAGAAGGCUAAACAAACUCUAACAAAGCCCACUGAUGUGACUGUGGAUGAAUACAUCCCCGAUCGCUUCCUUUGUACUGGAGGCUCCGAAGGAUACCAGGACUCCAUCACUUGUAAAGGUGACUCUGGUGGUUCCCUGUUCCUUCAACACAGAAUGCGCUACUUUCAGGUGGGGGUAGUGAGCUGGGGCACCAAAGAGGUCUGUGAGACAUCAGACCCAGCUAUGAUAGGAUACCAAAGUGACAGGCCACCUCCCGAUGCUCGGGACUUCCACAUCAGCCUAUUCACUGUAGUACCAUGGUUAAGGCAGCACCUGGGUCAGGAGAUUAAGUUCUUGCCUGUGGACAACUAAGAGGACUGCAGUC